AUGGCCAAGGGUCAUCAUCCAGCCGAUGCUUUGCAGCCAAAACGCAGAUCUUUUUCUGGUUUACAUAAUGAUCUGGCCCUCAACGGCGGCGAGCUGCAUUGCGUUCAUCAUCUCUUCCAGCAUCGAGCGAGAACACAUCCCCAAGUGACAGCAUAUUCGUGUCACACCGAUAAUGGACUCCGCAAGAUAACAUAUGCCGAAGCCGACGCUCUUGCAUCGUCGGUAGCCGCUCAAAUCUCACAGCUUCUUCCCGAACGAGAAUCAAGCACAUCGGCACCCACUGUUGCCAUUUGGUUUGAGAAAGGCCUUGAACUCAUUCUGAGUAUUCUGGCAACAACAUAUUCUGGAGCGACAUGGCUUCCAUUCGACCCAGACGUGCCAGUAGAACGUGCUGCAACGUGCGUACUAAACGCGUCGGCUUCUCUGAUCAUACACGAUGCUGCUCACUCCGAUCGUGCGCGCGAAGUCCAGCAGCGCGUCGCUCCUGAUCUCGCAUCAUCAGGCAAAGGCUCAUUACAGCUGCGCACCUUCGCCGAUCUAUCACAACAAGCAGGCUCAUCAGUCUCACGAUCACCACCGACUGCUCCCAAACCUUCUGAUGCCGCCUACCUGAUCUACACAUCGGGAACCACGGGCACACCGAAAGGCAUAGCGAUAUCACAUUCCGCAGCGCUCGUCUUCUCUCUCAGCGAAAGAGAAGUUCUCGAAACAAGCCCAGAAGAUGUCGUCUGGAACGGCUUCAGCCCGGCUUUUGACAUGUUUGUCGAAGAGAUGUGGGUGACCAUCGCUGGCGGAGGUCAUUUGGCUAUCGGUACACGCGAGGAAUGUAGAGACGUACCGGGCUUGCCAGCUGUAUGGCAAAGUCGUGGAGUGUCUGUGGUCAAUGCUGUCCCAACACUGAUCGGCAUCAUGGGCAUUUCACAGAUCGAUGGCGACUCCACAUUGCUCCCGCCAUCUGUCCGCCUAAUUAAUCUUGGUGGAGAAGCUUGCCCGCCCUCUCUCGUAUCGCGACUUGCGCGACCAGGACUCCGCAUCAUCAAUACGUAUGGUCCCACCGAGACCACAGUCACCGCUACAUGGGACGAAUUGCAGCCCGAUGUUCCCGUUACGAUUGGCAGACCACUGCCUUCCUACCAUGCAUGCCUACUACCCAUCUCUGAAGACGGCAACGCAGGACCUAUCGAACCACUCCAACUAGGUGAAGGCGUAGAAGGAGAACUCGCCAUCGGUGGUCCUUGUGUCGGAAUCGGAUAUGUGGGACGCGAAGACCUGACCUCGCAGAAAUUCAUUCCACACCCACUUGCACCUACGAGCGGACAACGACUCUACCGAACAGGCGACCGAGUCAAACUACAAUCCGACUUGAAAAUCGCAUUCCUAGGACGUAUCGACACUCAAGUCAAACAUCGCGGUUUCCGGAUAGAACUCGGCGAGAUUGAAUCACUCAUUUCUGGCCACGAAGACGUGCAGGCCGCAGCAGUCAUUUUAGCGAAUCCUGGCUCAGACUCCGCUCGUUUAGAAGCUUUUGUUGUCACACGACCGCAAGCGCCACAGAGUGCGGCUUCGAUUCAAAAAUUAGCGGUAGAACGCCUUCCGGCUUACAUGCGUCCCGAAGAAGUAUAUUUCCUGGCCGCGGAUGAGAUGCCUAGAUUGCCGAGUGGCAAGAUCAACGCUAAAGCUUUGCAUGAGAUAUCUGCUCGUAAGGCUGCACAAUGCGCUAUGAUGUACGAUGAUGCUUCGGGAACGACGCUCGAGUCCGACGAUAGCAGUCCGCUUGGUCUCUUGCUUAAAACCACAGCCACCGUCUUCCCGCAAGCAGGCCGCAUAAAUCCCGAAGCCGACUUCUUUGACGACUUGGGUGGUCACUCACUUCUGGCUGCCAUCUUAGUGUCAAAGCUACGCCAAGCAAAGAUUGACCCUGACGGCUCGAUGCCUUUCGCCUCGAUCGGUCUCCCAGACAUCUACGAAGGCCGAACACCCGCGGCAAUCGCAGCACGCUUCGUUUGCGACUCCGACUCCAGCACACUCGCAGAGGAAGAUCCCGACGAAAUUCAUGGUACGGGGUCCCGGACUGGAGAAAUCUGGCCCGUCUCCAACACCAGGUUUGUGCUUUGCGGUCUGGCACAAAUCAUCCCACUGCUCUUCCUCUUCUUCAUCUACUCCAUCGAGAUCCUGGCACCUUAUCUGCUAUUCGACUGGCUGUUCCUCCACCACGGCUUCGGCUACGCGAUUCUUGGAGCUUAUGGCGUGUUCCUCACUCUACCACCUAUCUUGGCCUUCCUCGCAAUCGCAGGAAAGUGGUUGGUCCUAGGCAAAGCCAAGGCAGGAGAGUAUCCUCUGUACGGCUUCUACUACUACCGCUGGUGGAUGGCCGAACGUUUUGCGUACCUUGCCAAUCCGAAGCUGAUUGCCGACUCGCCACUGUAUUGCUUCUUUCUGCGAGCAAUGGGAGCCAAGGUCGGAGCACACUGCCACAUGGGUGCUCUCGCAAUCGGCGCAGCUUGCGAUCUCGUCGAGAUUGGUGACGAUGUCGUGAUCGGUACAGACGUGGGACUGGGCACAAGCGUCGUCGAACGAGGGCGCCUCAUCUUGAGGAACGUCGUCAUCGGCCAUGAUGCCAGAAUUGGCUCAAACAGUGUCAUCGAGGGAGGAGCUAUCGUCGAAGAAGGAGCUGAAGUCGGUCCGCUCUCCAUGGUUCCAACCGGCAUGUCUAUCCCAUGCUUCCAACGCUUCCACGGCUCUCCGGCACAGUUUGACCGAGAACUCCAGGAUGGAGAGAUUGCACUCGGAAGAAAGUCCCGGCCUUCCUUCGCUCGCUAUACAUUCAUGGCUGUCGGACACACACUCCUCGCUUCCUUCAUCCUUCCACUGCUAUACCUGAUCCCACAAAUCGCCGGUCUCGCGCUCUAUGACGUCGUCAACUUAAGACACAUCGGCUCCUGGACACAAGUGGCCAUCCUGUCCCUGCCUAUCGCAUUCGCCUACCAAGUCCUAGUCUUCGCUCAGCUGAUCAUCAUUCGCUACAUCUUUCUCGGUCGCCUCAAGGAGGGUACUUACAAAAUCUACAGCUUCUGGUUCCUGCGCAAAUGGUUCAUCGAGAGAGUCAUGGAUCUGGCCCUGGAUGUCCUACACCCGGUCUUCGCCUCCCUCUACGUCGUACCAUUCCUCCGAGCCCUGGGCGCAAAAAUCGGCAAGCGCGCUGAAGUAUCAACCGCUCGCGGCCUGCAAUUCGAGCUCCUCGAAAUCGGCGAGGAGAGCUUCGUCGCUGACGCCGUGCUGUUGGGGAAUGCUGAAGUCCGAGGCAACGAAAUCACCCUCAAGAAAACCAAAAUGGAAACCCGUGCCUUCGCCGGCAACGCCUCACUGAUCCCUCAAGGCACAACCCUAGCCUCGGGAACUCUGGUCGGAGUCCUCUCCAUCGCCCCAGCCCCAGAAAAGCCGCUCCCAGAAAACACCUCCUGCUUCGGCUCACCACCAGUCCUAAUGCCAACCCGCCACCGCGUCGAAGGCCACCCCGAAAAACACCUCUUCACCCCCUCCCCCGGCCGCAUCGCCGCGCGCCUCACCAUCGAAGGCCUCCGCAUCGUCAUCCCCCGCGCCCUCAUCAUCUUCGCGCUCGGAAUCGGUCUCGAAAUCGCAUACACGGGCUACACCUCCAUCGGCGCAAUCAACACCUUACUCAUGCUCCCGCUCUUCUACUUCUUCCUCUUCGCCCUGCCCGCGCUCACCUUCACCGUCGCCUUGAAAUGGCUGCUGAUCGGCACGUACCACCCCUCCGAAUGGCCCCUCUGGUCUCUGAACGUCUGGCUCUCCGAAGCCGUGACCUCCACCUACGAAACCAUCGCCCGUCCCCUCCUCACCACCAUGCUCGUCGGAACGCCCUACCUCGCCAUCUGCUUCCGUCUGCUCGGCGUCAAAAUCGGUGCCCGCGUCACCCUCCUGGCUGCAGACAUCACCGAAUACGAUUGCGUCACGAUCGGCGACGAAGCGGUCGUCAACCAACACUGCGGCGCCCAGACGCACCUUUUCGAAGACCGCGUGAUGAAAAUCGGGUGUGUCAGGUUGGGGCACCGGGCGUGUGUGAAGCCUUAUUCGAUUUGUUUGCCGGGCAGUGAGGUGGGCGAUGGGGCGCAGCUGGGGUGUUUGAGUUUGGUUAUGAAGGGGGAGAGGUUACCGGAGGGGACGGCGUGGGAGGGGGCGCCGGUUCGGCCGAGGAGGAGGAGGAGGAGAGGUGGGGAGAAAAAGGGAAGUGAGAAGGGGAAGGGGGAGGGGGUUGUGGUGAGUUCUUUGGGGAGUAGUGUUGGGAGUGAUUCUUCGAUUGUUAAGAAGGAGGAAGAGGAGGUUUAGAUGUCGUGUGGGUGGAUGCAUUUGCUUUUUGUUUUUGUUUUGCAUUUUCCUGGGAAGGCCCAUGUGUAUGGAAUAGGAAAAGGAAAUAUGAUACGAUGGCUACGAAUUCAAUCAAGUUUUUUUUUUUUUUUUUG